AUGAAUGAUGGAAAGGCAAUUUUAAGAUCCACAUUCUUUCCCGUUUUAAUUUAUUUUUUGCUUCCCAUUCCCCGCUUAAAUCGGGCCGACCGUUUGGGGGAGAUUGCUCCUUUACUUCCCCAAACCACUUCGGAUUUUGGAAACCAGCAGAGAGAAGAAAGAGGUAGCAAGAGCUCCAGAGAGAAGUCGAGGAAGAGAGAGAGAGAGAGAGAGAGAGAGAGAGAGAGAGAGAGAGGAGAGAGAGACGGGGUCAGAGAGCGCGCGCGGGCGAGCGAGCAACGACAGGACAGGGGCAAAGUGAGUGACCUGCUUUUGGGGGUGACCGCCAGAGCGCGGCGUGAGCCCUCCCCCUCGGGAUCCCGCACCGGACCAGCCGCGCUGACGGACAGACCGACAGACACCGCCCCCCGCCCCAGCGCCCACCUCCUCCCCGGCCGGCGGCCGAGGGUGGACGCGGCGGCGAGCCGCGGGCAGGAGCCGGAGCCCGAGCCCGCGCCUGGAGGCGGGGUGGAGGGGGUCGGGGCUCGCGGCGUUGCAGUGAAACUUUUCGUCCAACUUCUGGGCUGUUCUCGCUCCGGAGGAGCCGUGGUCCGCGCCGGGGCGGCAGAGCCGAGCGGAACCGGGAGAAGUGCGAGCCCGGGCCGGGAGGAGCCGCAGUCGGAGGAGGGGGAGGAGGAAGAAGAGAAGGAAGAGGAGAGGGGGCCGCGGUGGCGACUCGGCGCUCGGAAGCCGGGCUCAUGGACGGGUGAGGCGGCUGUGUGCGCAGACAGUGCUCCAGCCGCGCGCGCGCCCCAGGCCCUGGCCCGGGCCUCGGCUCCGGGAGGAAGAGGAGCCCGCCUAGGCGCCGCGGAGAGCGGGCCGCCCCGCAGCCCGAGCGGGAGAGGGAGCGCGAGCCGCGCCGGCUCCGGCCGGGCCUCCGAAACCAUGAACUUUCUGCUCUCCUGGGUGCAUUGGAGCCUUGCCUUGCUGCUCUACCUCCACCAUGCCAAGUGGUCCCAGGCUGCACCUAUGGCAGGAGGAGAGCACAAACCCCACGAAGUGGUGAAGUUCAUGGACGUCUACCAGCGCAGCUACUGCCGUCCCAUUGAGACCCUGGUGGACAUCUUCCAGGAGUACCCCGACGAGAUCGAGUACAUCUUCAAGCCAUCCUGCGUGCCCCUGAUGCGGUGUGGGGGCUGCUGUAAUGAUGAGGGCCUAGAGUGUGUGCCCACUGAGGAGUUCAACAUCACCAUGCAGAUUAUGCGGAUCAAACCUCAUCAAGGCCAGCACAUAGGGGAGAUGAGUUUCCUGCAGCAUAGCAAAUGUGAAUGCAGACCAAAGAAAGAUAGAGCAAGGCAAGAAAAAAAAUCAAUUCGAGGAAAGGGGAAGGGGCAAAAAAGAAAGCGCAAGAAAUCCCGGUAUAAACCCUGGAGCGUUCCCUGUGGGCCUUGCUCAGAGCGGAGAAAGCAUUUGUUUGUACAAGAUCCGCAGACGUGUAAAUGUUCCUGCAAAAACACAGACUCGCGUUGCAAGGCGAGGCAGCUUGAGUUAAACGAACGUACUUGCAGAUGUGACAAGCCCAGGCGGUGAGCCGGGCUGGAAGAAGGAGCCUCCCUCAGGGUUUCGGGAACCAGACCUCUCACCAGGAAAGCCUGAUUCAGAAUGACCGCUACAGAAACCACGCCGCCGCCACCACCACCACACCACCAUCACCAGAACAAUCCUUAAUCCAGAAACCUGAAAUGAAGGAAGAGGAGACUCUGCGCAGAGCACUUUGGGUCCGGAGGGCGCAACUCCGGCAGAAGCAUUCCCGGGCAGGUGACCAAGCACGGUCCCUCUUGGAAUUGGAUCGCCAUUGUAUUUUUCUUGCUGCUAAAUCACCGAGCCCGGAAGAUUAGAGAGUUUUAUUUCUGGGAUUCCUGUAGACACACCCACCCACAUACAUACUUUUAUAUAUAUAUAUAAAAUAUAUAUAUAAAAAUAAAUAUAUAUAUUUUAUAUAUACGUAAAAUAUAUAUAUUCUUUUUUUUUAAAUUAACAUUGCUAAUGUUAUUGGUGUCUUCACUGGAUAUAUUUGACUGCUGUGGACUUAAGUUGGGAGGAGGCUGUCCCCACCCAGAUCCCAACAGGGAAGAGGAUGGGAGGGGAGACUCUGGCAUUAUCUUUUGGUCCCUCGUAGGAAGGCCAGGGUCCCCUUUCCUUCCCAGGAACGUGCUUGGCCAGGGCACGGGGGCAAAUUUGGCCUGCUUUUGGGGACACUGACAAACCCAGCCCUGGCCCCAAGCCUCUACCCCGAGUCAAAUGGACAGACGACAGGUACAGGGACGAGGACACUGGCUCUGACUAGGAGUUCGGGGAGCCUCAGGACACUGCUGUACUUUGAGGAUCCUCUCCACAUGCUGCACGGGCAUCUUGCCCCCAGGGGCACUGCCUGGAAGAUUCAGGAGACUGGGCAGCCUUCACCUACUCUUCACUUGCUCCUGACAAGCCCAGGGUGCCGUCAACAGAGGUCUUGGCGAAAAGAAGAGAGACAUUGGUGGAGGAAGGGCCGCCUGGUGGCAGCUUGUCCUCCGAGGGAAGGGCCCCCUGCCUUGGCCAUCUCCCAGCUCUACUUCCCUGGUGCAGCCCAAGAGGGCCUGACGUCCUCAGACCAUUGAAACCACUAGUUCUGUCCCCCCAGGAGACCUGGCUGCGUGUGUGUGAGUGGUUCACCCUCCUCUGUCCCCAGACCCGACCCUUCCCGCGGCACAGAGAGACAGGGCAGGAUCCACGUGCCCACCAUGGAGGCAGAGAAAGUGUUUUAUAUACGAUAAUUAUUUAAUAUCCCUUUUUAAUUAGAAAUUAAAACAGUUAAUUUAAUUAAAGAGUAGGGUUUUUUUCAGUAUUCUUGGUUAAUAUUUAAUUUCAACUAUUUAUGAGAUGUAUCUCUCUAUUGCUCUCUCUUGCGCUCUUAUAUGUACCGGUCUUUGUGUUUAAGAUUCAUGUUUCCAAUCUCUCUCUCCCUGAUCGGUGACAGUCACUAGCUUGUCCUGAGCAGAUAUUUAAUUUUGCUAACACUCAGCUCUGCCCUCCCCUUGCCCCCGGCUCCCCACCACACAUUCCUUUGAAAUAAGGUUUCAAUAUACAUCUACAGACUAUAUAUAUAUUUGGCAACUUGCGUUUGUGUGUAUAUAUAUAUAUAUAUAUAUAUAUAUAUGUUUAUGUAUAUAUGUGAUUCUGAUAAAAUAGACAUUGCUAUUCUGUUUUUUAUAUGUAAAAACAAAACAAGAAAAAAUAGAGAAUUCUACAUACUAAAUCUCUCUCCUUUUUUAAUUUUAAUAUUUGUUAUCAUUUAUUUAUUGGUGCUACUGUUUAUCCGUAAUAAUUGUGGGGGAAAAAGAUAUUAACAUCACAUCUUUGUCUCUAGUACAGUUUUUCGAGAUAUUCCGUAGUACAUAUUUAUUUUUAAACAACAACAAAGAAAUACAGAUAUAUCUUAAAAAAAAAAAAGCAUUUUGUAUUAAAGAAUUUAAUUCUGA